AUGUCCCAUGCUACUUGCAACUCACCGGAUGUCAGAAUUUCAGCGCUGGGCCCAGGUGCUGCGCCGGAUGUUGCCGAAGUCAACUCAGCGCCGGUGGACAUCGAGGUGAUAGACGACGACGAAGUGUCCAUCAUCAAACCCCUCUCGGCGGCUCAUGCUGUGCCCGUUGCCCCACCGGCAGCUGCCGCGUUUACCAAGCCUGUGGUCCCGGCGCCGAAGGCCAAGAGGAAGCGUCAACCAGCCAAGCCCGUGAUGCCUGUCAAGAGGUACAACUUGCGGUCCACGGCGCUGAAAGACGAGGCGGACGGCGACCUUUCCGACAACAGCCUGCCGGGCGUGCUGCCACUGCCUUCGCUGCCUCCGGCAGUGCCUUCGCUGCCGCUGCCUCCGGCGGUUCGUCCACCGAUGCCGAAACGUGCGGAGAUGGAGCGCUCCGUUCCGACGCCUUGGACCCCGGAGAAGGAGGGGGCGGCUUGGGGGGCCCAAGCCGCAUCGCCCUUGGCACUCUGGGGGCUCCAAAGGCUGCUGGGGCCCUCGGCACCUCCUGGCGAGCACAGCUGCGCGGUCUGCUGUGCCCUUCUCCGGCCGAUGGCCGCCACGGCCAAAGCCGACCUCCUGCGCGAGAGGCUGGCCUGCGACAGCUGCGGGCGAUCUGGCCGUGGGAUGCCGGCGAGAGACUUUCUGGUAUGUGGCGACGAUCUGGAGGAGUUCUUGAUUUGGGCAAAGAGUGAUGCAAAAUCUGGCCCACACAUCAGAUGCUGCACAUACUGUGUCUGCCGUCGCUGCGCGCAGCUGCCCCACAGCGAGCGCCGCCCGCGCAAGCGGGCCCGACACAUCCCGGAAGAACACCAGUAA